AUGGGCGGCCCAAAUCUCGAAGUCUUCAAAUUCGGCAUGUACAUUCUCUUCCCCAUCAGCAUAAUGUACUACUUCGGUACGAACCUCGACGGCAAAUUCACAGUCCCCGAGUUCUGGCCAAAGCCGGGCCAGACGCACAAGAUACCGUACGAGCGGGAGGAGAUUGCCAAGGAGCUGGAGAGGCUGAAGGCGAGGAAUUUGGAGAAUAAGAGGAGGAGGGAAGAGGAGGAGCGCAGGAUGCGGGAGAUGGGCAUGGGGAGGGAAGAGUAG